AUGCCAAUGUUUUUGGGAAAUCUCUCGGUACAGUCUUUGAGGACGGUCUCGAAAAGUCCUAGGUACUUUUUCAUCGCUCUUUUAGGAUUUUCUUUAUUUUGGAGUAAGGCCCACUGUUGAGUAAUUUUCAACAAAUUAGAUCUAGCUUUUAUAAAAUUGCUUUGCCACAAUUUUUUUUCCGAUUUAUCAGCCGCAAAAUGCUGCAAAUUUCAACACUUUCCAAGCUAUUUUUUGCCAAUGUUAAAAACAGUUACCAGUAUCAAUGAUACACUAAAACUUAGGAAAUUACAACUACCUUUUUUUCAGCAGUAGUAUACAUGACGCUAAUGCGAUAGGUCCGUUUAGCUCAGAACUGGUUCCAUACAAUUUUUCUGAACUUUUUCUUAGUGAGAUACGAGACGAUGUAACUAGAAAGGCUAGGAAAUAUUACCCCUAUCUUAUUCUCAGUGUUUUGUAGCUUCACGGUAUGAAGUUGGCAGCGGUUUUUUUGGUUUUUUUUUGUAAUGACAAUGCCACCUGCGUCAAUCUGAAAGACGUGUGCGGAUUAUUUAAAUCAGCGACUAUAAAUCUUCUAUUUUCUCAUGUGCUUCAUUUCUGCAGAUCCCGCAUCGCAAAGUCUAAGGCUCGCCAAGAUCUGAGCCCAUUUCAAACUGUGGCCAAAUAUUUAGUUCUGUAAUUGAAUUUUUUCUGAUACUUUGAAAUUAUGUGGCUAUAUACAUUACAGACAGCUUGCUUUGGGGUUUUCAAAUAAACAUUUGUGCAACUGAGUGCUUUUCAGAGAACCUAAAUUGUUAACGAAAUAAAUGAGAUAUUUUGUGCUAUCGUUUGCGAUUCUAUUUCUUUUGUGACUCUGCGUUCUAUCUUUAAGAAUUUCAUGACCGAAACGUCAUUUGCAUCAAAAUACUUCAAUUUUUUUCGGUCUUUCUUUUUUAAGUAUACUUUUUUAUUUCCUGGUAUUAAAUAUUAUCAACGCCAUAUAAUUUUAUCCGACUGAUUGUCAUGGUAAAGAGGAAUUGGCUUUGUAUUCAGCCAACGACAAUAAAUGCCGAAACAUCGUAUUCCUUCAGCGAUAUUAAUGAAAUCUGUGCUCAGGUAUACACUUUAAAUCAGCUGAACAAGAUUGCCCUUCCGGACAACAAUGUUUAAGGUCAGGGCAACAAACAGCAUUUGUUAGAGGACAACAUGAAUACAUCCGAGGACUCCUCCAUGGACAACACGUGAAAGUACUCCAGCAUAUCAUUCCAUCCGGGCAUUUUUUCCAUUUUGUACCAUUUAAUGAUGCAGUGUCCUGCAAUAUAGAUGCACGUGUUGAUCAUUUCAUCGAUCGAUUGGUUUACUCAAUAUAUCUUAGACAAAACAUCCACUUUAUGAAUAGUUAAUAAAAAAAUGCCUACAUGUGAAUUAAACAAAGAUUGCCAUACGGUGUUCCUCCGACUCCCAAUCGGGGCCUUUAUGGAGGAAAAAAAAUAAUGCUUUACUUUGACAUGUUUUUAAAAACAUUACACAUUACGCGACUUUACCAAUACUGAGGUUAGAAUGAAUGCUGAGAUUGGCCAACCGUGUACCAGGUCCCUUAAGGGGCAUGUUGUUUCGCGUUGAUCUUUGCUGUUGUUGCGUGAGAUGCCGAGCCAAAAAAGCCUCGCACACCGUAGACAUCCCGUACGGUACAAAAUUUUAACGAAAACCUUCUAUUGCCAAUUCGUGGGUUCGUGCAGCACAGUUAAAAUUUUGUACCUUUACCGAUGUCUACGUCCAUUUUCAUAGUCCCAUCAUGGAAAGAAAAAGGUUUGCAAACACACAACUUUAAAGAAUAUGCGAAGCUUUUUUGUCUCUGCGUCUCACACAACGUGAACAUAGAUCCAGGCCACGCGAAACAUACAGGUUGAUUAAUCCCAGCGUUCAUUUUGAGCUCAGCAUUAGCAAAGUCGCGUCUUAUUCUUCUUCCAAUCAAAAGAAACCACAAGCAGUUUUCGGCCAGUUGGAAAAUUCUUCACGUAAUUUUCACCGAAGACGUACAAAAUAUUGUCGAUACCUAAUUUUAUAAGAUAAUAUUUUAAAAAAUCGCUCGAAUUGCUCUUGUGUCUUAUGAUCUGUGGUCACUCGUGAUGUUUUUGGUUUCACGUUUCAUUCGCCUAUGGCUUGUGCAAAACAUCACUAGUUCCCAUAAAUUACAAAAACACGCUCAUUCAAUCUCCUGAUCCUUUUCUAGAAAAAAUAAACAUAUGAAUAGCAAUUAAACAAACAGACAAAUAAACAAAAACAAUAGCAACCGUCAGAGGUUUUCUUCAAAACCUGCUCUGUAAAGAACAUUUACAUUAUACAGAUAUGCUACAUCGUGUCUGUACAAAAUGCGACAAUAUCUUCAAUAAAGGAGACAAAUGUCGUACAAAAAAAGGGGAAUUCGUAAAUUAAACAUACCAAAGUCGAGGUUAAUGGAACCUUCAAGUCGACUGAUGUCUUCCCGUUACUUUCCUCAGCAGAAGAGAGAGUCACCAAAUACAGGAGCAGUAGCGCUGGCGAUGAGACGACGGACCACUUCAUCUGCAGAAUCAAUAAAAAAUUUUAGCUUGAACAGAAUCCAAUUUAAUCUCAUUCAAACAAGGAAAAAUGCUCUUUCAUAUGUCAAAGGGCUUACAGGCAGGAUAUUUGCUAAAGGGGAGCGUCCCCAUCAGUUGGCUAUGGCGAGGCUUACAAACCAGACGCCAUGA